AUGAAAUACGCUAUUGUAUUUGCUGCUCUCUUUGCUGUUGCUUUAGCUGCUCCACUCGAUGAUCCAGCUAAUGCUCAAGUACUCCGUUAUGACAAUGAUAACAUUGGUGUUGAUGGAUACAAUUUCGCAGUUGAAACCAGUGAUGGUAAAUCACAUCAAGAAAGUGGUAAAGUUAAAAAUUUAGGACCAGAUGAUACACCAAUCACAGUUACCGGAUCAUUCAGAUAUACUGGUGAUGAUGGUCAAGUAUAUGAAGUAACAUAUACUGCUGAUGAAAAUGGUUUCCAACCAUCCGGUGCUCAUAUUCCACAAGCUUAA